AUGACGCUGCUGAUGCUCGCCAGGUACGGCGAGUAGCGCAGCACGACGAAGCUGGCGCGCCGUCAGCACAGCAAUGUCGCGAUCGGCCUCAGGCUGCUCACCACCAGAACGGAGGCGACCGCAGCGACUUGCGGUCGAGGUGGCGGUACAGGCGGAACUCAGCGCUGUGCGAGGGAAGCGAGGCGUCAGCCGCUUUGCUACCCCAAGCGCACGAUGGCGACGCACGGGAUCAAGAGGAUGUGGUCCCACACGAAGAGCGCAAAGAUGACGCCCGCCACGAUGCGCAGGUUGGCUGGCGCCGCAAGAGGUCAGCAAGGGCGGUCGGCAGCACUCGUGGCGACGUACUGGCCAGCUCUUGCGCUUCGAGGAAGGAGUCGACCGUGAAGCCUGGCGGCACGGGAAUGGAAGCCAUUGUGCUGUCAGGCGCGCGGAUCCGGUAUCACGAGGGUCAAGCUGCGCGGCGAGGGGCAGGAGCGGUCGCUGCAGGGUGGGAGUCGAGGUGGGAGCGACCCCCGGGUGCGUCUGGCCCGUUGCCUUUUGAGGCGGCAGUGGCACGAAGCCGGCUCGGCGGGCGGGCUGACCCGAGCGCUGUACAUGAAGGGCGGUACUUUGCGUGUGCCCAGGUGCAUCGGAUGGCGGAGCGACGCAUCACGCCAACGAGGCGACGCAGCCCCCCGCCGGCUCGGCGACUUGCAAGAACGUGCCAUGGCGAGGCCCACAGAACAGCGUUCAGGUCUCCUCGGCAUGCUACCGCUGGCUUGCGCCGCUCCGAGUGUGGGAAGACGGGGAGGGCGGCGCAGCGCGGUCAAUCCCGACUCCGCGCGCUAAUCGGCCUGUCGCCGUCCCAGCAAGACGGGCACCAUCCCUGCACGCCUACUGCAGUCGGUUCACUUGCACAGCACACGCUGCAUGGGCGGAGACUGCUGAGCCGCUGCAGGCGCAGUCCACAUCUGCCGAGUAGCGAGCGGCCGCCGAGGCACGUGUGCUGCACCACGCCCCUCUAGCGCACGCUGCUCGAGCUUGUCGCACGAUGCCAUGACAUGGCCGAUGUCCUGCCUGCGAUACGUGUCUCGACUUGCCCCACUGACAGCAGGCUGGCAGCACUGCGGUCGUGC